AUGGGAACCUCCACAUUUAGUCAAUACACUGUUGUUCAUGAUGUUAGUGUAGCGAAGAUUGACCCCAAAGCUCCUUUGGAGAAAGUUUGUCUUCUUGGAUGCGGUGUUCCAACUGGGCUUGGAGAUGUCUGGAACAUUGCAAAGGUGGAACCGAGGUCAAUUGUUGCUAUUUUUGGCCUUGGAACUGUUGGGCUUGCUGCAGCAGAGGGUGCAAAAGCUGCUGGUGCAUCACGUAUUAUUGGCAUAGAUAUUGAUAGCAAGAAGUUUGAACGAAUUUUUGGUUUUAUUCACUUUUCUACACAACCUCGCUAA